AUGCUCUGCACACGGUGUUUCCGCACCGGCUUCUCACGGCGACAGCUGCCGCUUCUGAGGACGUUCUCGGCGUCGGCGCAAACACGAUCGGUGGAACCAAAGCUCUCCACGCCCGUAACCGAGGCCGGCGAGGCCUCGAAGCAGGCAGCUGCGCCGCGUUCCGUCUGCGUCGAGGGAACGGUGCUCAACGGCCUUAACUACAUGAAGGGUGGCCAAGACCCCGUGGCGAUGAAGGAUGAGGACUAUCCAGAGUGGCUUUGGUCUUGUCUGGACGUGAUGAAGAAAAGCUCCGAUGCAGCAGACGAGACGGCCGGAGACGAAUUCUCCAAGUCCAAGAAACAACGAAGGCUGGCGGCCAAGCGGCAAAAGACUCUUGAGGCAAAGCUGCUAGCCGAAGGCAACCUUGAAGCUCUCGCGCCCAAGGUUCCCCUACAGCACCAGUCCAUCAACCUAUUCGGCGAAGAGGGCGGCAGUGUGGAGCACAACAUGGAGGCGGCAGACAAGCGGGAGGAACUCCGAAAGGCGAUGCGCAAGGAGAGGAAGGCCAAGAUCAAGGAGUCCAACUACCUCAAAUCCAUGUAG